CUGGGCGGAACACUGCCACCUUCUGCCACUGAAGUCAAAGCCCUUCUUAUUUUCUUUGCAGUAAUCAGCAUCGUCGCAUUUCCUUUAACUGCCGCCUUAAACGUCUUGGUUAUAAUGGCCCUGAAAACAAAUUCCCAAAUGAGAGCCAGCAAGUCGUGUACACUUCUCGCGAGUUUGGCCACGACCGAUUUGAUGGUGGGUGUGAUUGUUCAACCCAUGUUCACAGCGUUAAUGAUAACCAUAGUUCGAGGAGAGACAACGACUAAAACGUGUACACUGCAAAAAGUCGUCCAAUUUUUCACGAGUGUUCUGUGUGAUACUUCUCUGAUCCACCUUGCCUUAAUAAGUGGGGAAAGAUAUCUAGCCAUGAAGUACACUUUCUCGUACAAUACCGGACUAGUCACGGAGGCUCGUUUGCUAACUUGUUCUGCACUGGCCUGGUUAUUUUCCCUUAUUCUGCACAUUCCUCUUAUUAUUGACAGGAAUUUAUUUUUCAUCAUCAAUAACACAUUUGUACUCCUAACUCUCGCCAUCAUUGUUUUCUGCCAAAUCACGGUCUACCGUGAAGUUCGACGACACGAAAAGCAACUUUCAACUCAGCAAGUUACGGGAGAGGCAAGGCAGAAAUUUCUGAAAGACAAAAAGGCUUUUAAACUGACAGCUAUCACUUGAUCCGCGCUGGCCUGGUUAUUUUCGCUUAUUCAGCACAUUCCUCUUUUUAUGGACAGCAAUUAUUUUCUCUCACCAAUAAUGUAUUUACUGGCCUGUGUAUUGCCUUUAUCAUUUUCUGCCAAAUCACGGUCUACCGUGAAGUUCGACGACACGAAAAGCAACUUUCAACUCUGCAAGUUACGGAAGAGGCAAGGCAGAAAAUUCUGAAAGACAAAAAGAAUUUUAAACUGACAGCUAUCAUCGCUUCGUUGCUUCUAUAAGAUCUUUAUGCCAUGAAUUGGAGAGUUUUCCUCACUAAAUUUAAUAACAAGGCCAGCUUAUUGUUCUGCAUGAGUCGGGACCUGGGCCCCAAAGGGAACCGGCAGGAGUUCUCCCCAAGCUCCUCGCGGUUGGAAUAUGCAUGGCGACGCAGGCUUAUUGACCAUGAUUCAAUUUAACAGAAAGAAUUAAUUUAAGUGUGUGAUUCAGUUACAGACAUGGCCACCGUACACAUUGAUCUCGCGUUCACACUUACAGUCAUCUCGUUACUAUCAACACCUACUUCAUGUAAGCUUGUGGAGUCCAUAGUGUCUGCACGGGAGAACUACCUUUUAAAAGGUCACUUAAUGCAGCGUCUUCAAACUGCCAACUCCCUUUCGUGUGCACACCGUUGCUUGAGGAAAGAACGAUGCCGUUCAUUUAAUUUUAAACUCUUAUCCAAGAACCAAGGACUCUGUGAACUUUCAAGUAAGGCCGCUGGAUACUUUGAUGACGGUCUCACAGAGGGAGCAGGAUGGUUGUACGGGCAGACAGCUCCUAUCCAAAAGAAGUUUUUCUCAGAAAGCGUUGUUCCUGACGUACUGGUGACCUUUACUUCCCUCGGUGCCAAGGGCCAUGAAGGUCCAACCAAUACAUCCGGCUACCAAGGUACUCCAUUGGAGGGUAAAGUCCAACUAGAGGACGGUAUCCAAAUAUGGAGAGUCCCAGCUACAGGAAAGUAUAGUGUGGAGGCCUGGGGCGCGUCAGGCGCGUCGAGCAGCGGACUGGGUCGGCUGCUUGGAGGGAAAGGCGCGAGAAUUAAAGGGUUCUUCAAACUAAGCGCAGGAGAAAAGUUGAAAAUUCUCGUAGCACAGGAAGGAAUACUUGGAAAUUCCGUCGUUGCUAUUCCUGGGGGUGGGGGUGGAGGUACAUUCGUCGUCAAAGAAGGCAACAAACCACUUGUUAUUGCUGGGGGUGGAGGUGGGGGAGCAGCAUUCGAAUCUGCAUAUGUUUCUUUUAACGGAGAUCACGGCCAAAAGACGGAAAAUGGAACUCGUCACGGAGGGUACAAUGGAUCCGGAGGCAAUUUGUGUCCAGUAAAGAAGGACAAUAUUCAGGGCUCGGGGGGAGGGGGUCUUCAAGGAGACGGGGAAUCCUCCGUCACUAGUGAAGGGGGGAAGAGUUUCAUCAAUGGCGGUAAGGGAGGGGUAGGCCAAACCGGGUCGAACGGCGGCUUUGGUGGCGGAGGAGCCGCCACUACAUACCCCGGGGGAGGAGGGGGAUUCUCCGGUGGGGGAGUAGAAGCAAAAGAACAUAAGGGAACUGUCGCCGGGGGUGGAGGUUCGUUUAACGGUGGCACUAGACAAGAAAAUUGUGAAGGAGUAAGACGAGGAGAUGGUAAAGUGAUAAUCACGCUGAUCAAAUAAAACUAACUUCGUACUAACUCUUGUUUUUUGUUUGAUAGAAAGCUUAGUUCCCCGGCACUAAACAUAAAUCGCAAUAAUCUUAGCUGUAGAUAAUGCUGUCGCAAAAAGGUGCCACAUACAGUCUGUUUGUAUUUGUUGUUUUUACCGCUUUGCCUUAUAGAGCCAGUUGCUAAUUAGUGUGGAACACAGUAGUAACCGCCAUCA